UUAUCGUCACGGUCACACUGUUAUAUAUACGACGCAAAAUUCCCAUAGUUUAUUUUGGCUGUAAUUUCAUUAAAUUGCGAUAAUUGUAACAGUUGCCUGCAAUAGCACAAUGAGUUCGCAACGCGGUAAUGUCAACCGCACACGUGCCCAGAAACACAAGAAUCGUUUUGUAUUCAAGAAUGAUCUGCACGACAAGACUCCGCAACAGAUGCGACUCAAUUCCAUGCAUGUCUCGACGGUCUGCCAGCGGUGCAAGGAGGUGAUCGAGUGGAAGAUCAAAUACAAGAAGUACAAGCCGCUCACCCAGGCGAAGACCUGCAGCCAUUGCAAGGAGCGGACAGUGAAGAAGGCCUACCAUGUCAUCUGUCGGGAGUGCGCCAUCAAGGCCCAUGCCUGCGCCAAGUGCCUGAAGACCGCCGACGAGGUGGCCAUAGAGGCGCCCGAGCCAACGCCACAGGAGGAGCAGCAGCUGCAGGUGGAAAUGGAUCGUUUGGUCAAAUCGUUCUCAGAGCGCAAGCGUCGCGCCUUUCUGCGCUACAUGAACAAGGGCAAGAAACAGGAGACGGCUGAGAAGGACGAGGAGACGGAGGAGAUCGAGGAGAAGGCGAAACGUGUGGCCCACACUCGCGCCGAGCUUCUGGACAAAAUAAAGCAACUGAACCUAGCCGAAGAGGAUGAUUACGACGAUGAUGAUGAUGAGGACGACGACGAGGACGCUGAGGAUGAUGAUUCAGAUAUUGAUUCAAACGAAGACAGCGAGGAGGAGGAGGAGAAAUCUGUUAAAGCGAAAUAAAGUUUCCAUAUUCUUUAGUC